CGCAGUCGGCUCCGCUGAGACUUCCGGCAGCAACCUCGGUGUGACGUUUUUGACGCGGGCGGGGACGGCGGCCGGUGGACCGGGGUCUCGGCGUUGUCACUCGAGUUCGGGCCCCGUGGCGCCAUGCGCUACAACGAGAAGGAGCUGCAGGCACUGUCCCGGCAGCCGGCCGAGUUGGCGGCGGAGCUGGGCAUGCGGGGCCCCAAGAAGGGCAGCGUGGUCAAGCGGCGGCUGGUGAAGCUGGUGGUGAAUUUCCUCUUCUACUUCCGGACGGACGAGGCCGAGCCCGUCGGAGCCUUGCUGCUGGAGCACUGCAGAGUGACCCGGGAAGAGCCCAGCGGCUUCUCCAUCAGCUUCUUGGAAGACCCGGAUCGAAAAUACCACUUUGAGUGCUGCAGUGAUGCACAGUGUCAGGAGUGGAUGGAGGCUCUGCGAAGAGCCAGCUACGAGUUCAUGCGCAGGAGCCUCAUCUUCUAUAGGAGUGAGAUCCAGAAGAUGACAGGCAAGGACCCCCUGGAGCAGUUUGGUAUCUCGGAGGAAGCCAGGUUCCAGUUGGGCGGACUGAAAGCCUGAGCACUCCUUCAAGGGCUGCUGGCCCCUGGCCCUGACUACACUUAGGUUUGGACUCAAAGACGGGGCCCUGGGACAGCGUCUCUGAAGAUGUGCCAGAUCAGCUGCCCUCCACAUCUGGGGCACCCUGGCCAGCCUGACUGUCUGGCAUUGUUCACCGAGCACUGUCUUGGUGAGCUUGAAUGUACAUACUGAGCUCAGAGCUCUAAUGCUGUGAAGGGGAGUGUGGGGAGCCCCAGUAUCCUGCUGACAAAGAGGCAGGCCCCACUGGCUCCUACUCUGCACAAUAAAGGUACCUCUUUUCUA